GCUUCCGGGGCGUGGCGGCAACGGGGCUGCUGGGGAGUCUCCUCCGUGAGGGAGGCUGGAAAUGGCGGCGGCUGGGAGGGGGGAGAAGAAGAAGAGGCGGAGGCGGAGGCGGCCGACCCGGGUGGAGAAGCAGCAGCAGCAGCAGCAGGAGGCAGCCGAGGCCACCCUGCCGGGGACCCCCAGGCCGGGGCGCCGGGAAUAAGAGGCGGAGCAGGCGACACCCCCGCCGCCCCCCCAAAGCACAUGCGGUGAGGAGGGGGCGCCGUGGUUUGGGUUGGGGGGGUGUCGUUUGCAGGACAAGGUGGAGCCGGGACAAAAUUUUCCUCUCAGAUGUAUCUCCCCAGCACCUUAAAAAAAAAAGCCCCUCACUAAACAUGGCGCGCGAGGGCCGGGCCGGGCCGCUCCCCCCCCCCCAAUUUUGCUGCUGCGCCAGCGCUCCGCCUUGCAUGGAGCUGCCCGAGAGAGAGAGAAACGCGCGCGCCGCCGCCCCGUGCCCGCGCUUCGCGUGCGCCUUCGCCCCGGGGAGGCUGCAAAUCGGUGCAUGGCGCCGGAGGGGAGGAGAGGGGAGAGAGAGUGGGGAAAAGAGAAAGAGAGAGUCUCCUCCUCUUCUGUUUACUUCAGCUGCAAAUGCAAGAAAGCGUGAAAGGGGGCCCCUGCGAGGAAGCGGAAAUUUCGGCCGCCCUCCCCUCCCCAGCCCGCAGCAGAGGAUAGCGCGAGAGGAGGAGUGCAGCGCAGGCAGCCGUCCACCCAUCCUGCGCUCAUUGCAGACAAGAGGCGGUGGGGGCCCUUAUGCCAAAUGAGAAAUACUUGUAAUGAUGCUGGCAUGCAGCCUGCUCGCCCCAGAUUUGCCCAGAUGGAAGGAAAGGAUACCUUCCCCACCCAAAAAAAUAGCAUCUAAGUAGAACUAAAGGGGUGCUUGGGCAGAGGAGGUGCUUUCGGUCAAGCUCCCUAGGGUGCAUUCUUAGAGGAAGAGAAGGGGUGCCCCUGUUGUAAUAAAUAGCAUAAAAGUCUGUGCCACCCUGUUGGACUGACAGUGGCUGUACCCUUAGGAUGCCCUCUGUAGAUCCCUGCAGGGUGAGCAGCGUUGAAGGGCCUCCAUAGAGUAGAAGUUGCUGAGCUUUUACCUCUUUAGCUGCCAGCACCAUUCACUUAUGUUCUGAAACACCCCCCCCCCCCUUAUUUUAAUUGAAUGAACACUGGUGAGGUAUGAAAAUGCCACCCCAUCCAUUUGUUGGGCACACAUUUGUAUACAGUAGCAGCUGCGUCUUUAGCAAAACAGCUGAUACAAGUAAGUACGUCACCAUGUUCUGUUGCAGGUAGAAUCUAGCCGAACCGUUAAUCCACCUCCUAUAAUUCCUUUGCUCUGAGCCCAGAGGGUGGGAAGUUACAGCAUGUUUCCAACUCAGCCAUAGAUUCGAAUCCCUUUUGGACAUAUUGAGAGCACUUAAUGUUGUGGUUCCAUGUUUGGUGCCUAGGCCUCAGUCCCACCUAGGGCAGAGUGUUGCAAGUAUAGUAUACCCUACAUGCAGUGAAUGUUCUUGUGGAGCACAUCAAGCAAUAGCAAUUUCUGUUCUGAAGCUAUAUUAUUAAUAGAAUUUCUGUUUGCUAAUCUUACAAGCUGGUGCUGAGCUGUAUAGUUCUAGCUUUUUUGGGACAGGGCUUUUCAAUGCAUUCCAGCUUUGUCUCUGGUGCUAUCUGAGUCUAUCCUGUUAGCUGCUUUUGCGGGCCUCACUUAUCUUUCACCUGCACCUUCACAUUAGUGCAUCUGAUUAAAUGGGUCGUUGCCUACAACAGCAGUUUUAAAUGUGUUGGUUUUGAAGGUGCCACAAAGCUCUUUCCUUGGGUUUUCUUGCAAGCUGUUGACAUGGCUGUCUUCCUGUUGGUGCCAGAAAUACAUGUUGUGCUCAGAACGGGACUGAUGAGGGUUUUCAGCUGCUGAACUCUUGCUUCUCCUGCACCAACGUGUGUGUUCGUGUUCACUGCUUUUCUCAACCAGCUAGUGCAUAUGUGUAUUUUUAUUCAUUGCAUAUUCAUUUCUCAUUUAACUGUGCACAAUAAAACAAUCCUUUAAAUCAUUGGACAGACAAGUAUGCCUGUAUUUGUACCUCUGAUUUGUUACUGCCUAGGCUUGUUUUCUUGAUGGGGAUAUGUGUGUUCUUUUUCAGAGUGUUGGAAGCUAAAGCUACCAAAGAAGUCGAAAGAAAACUAAGCAGGUAAGUCAGAAAGAAAAGAGAGAAUGAACUGAAGGGUAUGUAGGAAUUGGGAGCUUAGACAAUUGGCAGUUUGCAUGAUUUGUUUUAAAGAAAUGUUGUGAAGCUUCCUUAUAAAAAGUAAUUGAGCAGGGGGUCCUUUGUGAAGCGGCGUCCUCCACUCCUUUAAAUAUCUUGCCGAACGUAUUUUCUUUUGCUACAUUUAAACUGUUGCCAGAAGCAAGCAAGAGCAAAAAAUGAAUGCAGGGUUUGUUUGCUGUGUGUGUUUUUCAUCCUUGCGUAGCCAAAUGGAUUUUUAUUGGCUGGAAAUCAUCGCUGGCCUUGAACUCAACACAAGCCGCAUCUUGUGAAAUAAACAUUUGUUCCUUUCUAUGUGCUGUAUUAAGGAGUGUGAGAAGUAGCUGCUUGCUAAUAGCCAGGGAAAUUUGAAACUUCCCAUUACUACAGUAGUAAUAGAAACUUUGGAAUUAGCUUAAGAGUUUGGAGUGGGAAUGGGGGGGUAAAUACCUGACCAAAUUAUUUUUCAGUACUUUUGUGCUCCUCCUUUAUCUUUGCAAAGAGGUAGACCACUAUUCCCAUAGUGCAGCUAGGCAAUUGAGAAUAAGCAGUGCUCUGCAAACCCAGGUCACUCAGAUAGAAACUCUGCAAAGUACCUGCUCAAUAGCUUUCUGUUUUCUUGCAUUACGCAUAUAUGUCAGAUAGUAUUCUUUUUGCACUUGUAAGGAACUGAUCUUUUAGUGUGGCAGCACCUACACUUUGGAACUCCCUGCCUAUUGAUAUCAAGCAGGUGCCUUCACUGUACCCGUUUGGGCACCUGCUUAAAGCAUUUCUGCAUAUGUAAGCCUAUCCAGUUAUGUAGAUCUUGAUGUAUUUUAGUGUUUUUUUUUGCUUUUAAUUAUUUUGAUAUGUCUUUAAUUGUUUUUACCUUUUUAUUUAGGAUUUAAAUAUUUAUUGUAUACUGCUUAGUAAUUUUGUAAACUGCUUAAGUGGUAUAUACAUUUUGUUAAAUAGAAACUAAAAGCACUUUUGAUUAGGGAUGCCUACCCAAAUAUGUUAAAAGUUGACCUGUGUUUUAUUUAGUAAUUUUAGCUUAACUACUGAUUUUAAUUACAUUCUGAACUUUUUUGAAAACAAAUGCACCUAUUAACUUUUUUUUAAAAAAUGUAUUGCAUAUUUCUCUUUUUUAUACACUAUUUACAGUUAAGCCAUCUACAGAUGGUUAAAUAAUGAUGUCUAGCCCCACCCAGACCCCCCUCCCCUUGCUGCACUGUGUUUGAUAACUGCCCUCCCCCUUAACUGGCCACAAUGUGGUCUUAGCCAAUAGACAGGAAGUUAAUUAUUUUAAAUGUCUGUAUACCUCAUUUCAGCUCUAACAGCCUCCCGAGCAUACACCCAAAUGUUGAAAAAUGAAAACUGUAUCUUGUCAAGUUUUAUACAGUUAAAAACAAGACAUCCUGAAAAACCCUGACUGAGUUUGCAGAGCAGAAAUCAAGGCUACUACAUCUUGCCUUGGUUUUGGUUUUUUAAUGUAUAGUAAUUGUGAUAGUUCUGCACAUCAGUAGAGGGUCAAGAAGAGUAGUUUAUUGUUAAUCUACUGAACAUUGCCAUUUAAUUCUUAGAAACAUAGGAAGCAGUCUUAGACCAAGUCAGGCCACUGGGCCCAUCUAGUCUGGUAUGGCUUACACCAGGCCAGCCCAACUUUUCAUACCAAGUGGGCCACAAAUGUACUUCAACAUGGAACCCGUGGACCGCACACCGCCUUGUUGUGGGGCAGGGGUUGGUGAGGUCAAAAGUUGACCCCAGCUCUUGGUGCUGCCUUCCCAAAACCAGCUAAGUGAGACACCAGGUUUCCCAAGUUCACGAAAAUAAAAUACAUACUUCAACAAUAAAGCCCAUAUACAAUAACAGCAUUAAAAUGAACAAGAGCUAUAAUGAAAGCAUUCAACCUUGCGUUGUCACAAGUGAGGAGUAAAUAAGAAGAAAUAUAUGUACUCCCUUUCAAGGGAGGUGUUUGUACUUCUGCUUUUGAAGAAAACCAUGCUCCCAGUUGAAGCACUCAUCUGCAAAUGCUACCAAAAAGGGCCCUGUCUUCCCCACUCCCCAAUUCCUUCUCGUCUCUAUUCGCCUUGGAAGGAAGGGCCCCCUUUUCUGUCCUAGAAAAGAAAACAGUUGAGAACUCUCAUUUAUGCAAAGGACUUUGCUCACCCAAUUCUUUUCUUUUUAAAAAAUAAUUUUUAUUGAAUGAUUUUGCUCACACAAUUCUUGGCGUGAAGCAGGUAGAGAAGCAAGUGUAAAAACCCUGAACUCUCCAAGGAUGCCUUUGUCAUUGGGAACACAGCUGUAGUUUUCUUGGUCAAAUCUGUUGCUGCAGGCGUGUUUAAAAUGAAACUGGCAGUGGAAGGAUAGUGUGUUUCAUUACAGGAGGAUUUUUAUAGGGUGGCAUGGGACUCCUAUCAAGCAAAUGAAUGGUCAGGGGCCUUACACCUCACUGGCAGAGGGUGGCUUAAUUGCAGUAUCAUUUUUACCCCUCUAAUCUGUGCGCGUGUGCAGCUAGGGUAAAUUUGAAAUAAUGGUACUGCUUAUACUGAAAUCACCCAACCUGGCAUCUCUGGUGCUAAAUAAAUAAUUGCAACAGAGGAAAUGCUGACUAGCAUUAGAACUUAAUGCCAUCAAAGCAUAACCUGCUGCUGCUACACCCCUGUUGGGGUUUAGAAGUGAAACUCAAUAAAGGACAUGAACUUUCUUUAAAGCAAUCAGCACCUUGCUGCAUAAAAACAAUAUAAUGUUGCAUUUGUGGUGAGGAUGUUUAGAGUGCGUGACAUAAGCUAUCUGGCCAGAGCUUAGGAGCUCAUGCAAGGCGGCUCUGUAACAAAUUUUCAGAGUGUUCAGUAAUGGUCUGAGUCUCCUUCCUGAGCCAAUUGCUGCUGCCUACAGCACUGCUCAUGCUGUGGAGUGAUUCAUCAUAGACAGGCAGGAAUCUUAAUGAAACUCUGAGCAGAGUUUCUAAGCAUGUGGUCAGAUCUAGGGCUGGGCGAUAGCUUGUUUUCAAUAUUGCAGUAUAUCAGUUAAACAUCUCGAUAUAUCACAAUAUCUGAAAUAAGGAAGGAACUGUGCAGAGGCGAACAGGACAAUGACCUGGCAGCUGCUACUACUUAGGGGUCUAAAACGGAUAAAUGACAAUAUUAUCAAUCAUCUCACACUCAGUUUCAUCAGCAGGCAAGCCAAAAUGCAUCCCAACAGGACUUUUGGGUUUGGCUACCAAAUGGUCCUGUUCAGACAAUCCAAAGUACUGCGAUGAGUCAUAGUGAAUAGAAAUAAUCUGGGACUGCCACACUGCCAGCAGGCCUGCUAGGAGGCAGCAGCAGCAGUGGCAUAAACAGCUUGCCAUGAUUGCGGUAUGUGUCAGCAGUAGCAGUGACAACCUGCAAGGCCUGGUGGUGGCGGCAAAAUCAGUGGUGGCCUGCAAGCCCUCUUGGCAGUGCCAGGAGCUGGCGGCAGUAGCAGCCUGCGAGGCCUUGCAACAGCAGCACAAACAGUGGCACAGUGUUUUGCUGGUGAGUUAUCACAAUGUUGAAAACCAGAUAUCGCCUAGCCCUUACACACAUUGUGAUUUGCAAUAUAUUUCCAGCUCAAAUAUUAUGAAACAAUUAAUAGGAUGUGAAUUUCAAAGCGGUUUGGAUGAUAUAUCGCCCAGCUCUAGUCAGAUCUUGCCAUUUGUUAUGCCCUCUGAAGGCACACUAGCUUCAGAGAAAACUAAUGAUUUUCCUUCUUUAAGGAUCUGAAUGAACUCCCUUGGCAAAAGAUGCUGUUAAGGUGCUGGCUCAACAAUUGUGCUUGUGUACUCUGUUUGGGGCAAAAAUACUGACUUGUUUGUUGAACCUUCAGGAAAUUGUCCCCCCUCCCUUUAAUUUAAUAAAUGUUUCUGCACCAUUUAACUUGACAUGGAAACCCCAUUGGAUAUGCUUGUCUGACAUAAACCCUCCACACUGUUUUCUUUCUUAAGAUCAUUUAUACCCUACUUUUGACCCUUUUGAAAUUGUAAAUCACAGCAGGGAUGUGGGCACACACAAAUCCCAAACAGCUGUGAAACAUAAAAAAAGAAGAAGAGCUGUUUUGACCUUGACUUGAGCGUGCAAAAUGAAACAGACUUGUGGAACUUACUGCCCUGUGUGAUCUGAUGGUUUAGGAGCUGCUACUGAGAAGGCCUGAUUUUACGGCUCAAUCUUCCUCACUGUACAAGAUGGCAGUACAUAUAAUAGAAUCUCUUCUAAUGUCUGAAAUGCCUGGGGUAGGUUUACAGGACAGUGGAAACUUGGCCUGCAGCAGUUAGUGCAGAGAUCUGUUGGGAUUGCAACCCACAGCUGAUUUAUUUUGGGUUGCAUCCAAAGUAGCUCUGAGUAACACAUUCCGUCAGUGCAAGAGUUUCAGUUUGUGCAUUGGGAUGUCACUCGCCCCUGCAGAAUCUUUCCUGGGGUUCCCCAAGACUCUUUAGUAGAUUUGGAGAGGGUGCAUGUGGGGAGAGAAGGAAAGUCCGUCUGGGCAAGUGUACACCCUUGCACUGACUGGACUGUUAGUUGUAUACUGCCCCUUAUUAUUACAUUUAGGUUCCAGCUCUCUUCCAGGGAUCUCAGAGUGAAGCACAUCAUUCUCCCCCUCCCCACAACAUCCCUGUGAUGUAGAUUACGCUGAGCAAUUGUGACUGACCCAAGGCCUCCCAGUGGCCUUCAUGGCUGGGUGGGGAUUUGUGCCUUUCUCUUCCAGGUCUUAGUCUGCUUAUAGGACUGCUGCUCAAACAGUUUGUGUGCCAUCCUUCUCAUGAAAUAAUUUAAAAUAUUUAUUGUUUAUUUACAGUAUUUAUAGCCCCACUCUUCGUAAUAAAAACAGAGAAAAACAACGUGCAGUAAUUUAAAAAUCAUAUAAACAGGACCAGUAAACAACCAGACAAUUCUGUUAUAAGGUCAACAAGCAAAAUUGCAACAACAUAAAUUAAUAUUUCCAAUUUAUUGAAGUACAGGCCUCAAGGUCAGCCUGGCUGCCAGGUGGUGAUGUGUAGGUGGAUUUGGUGGCCUUCUUAUCUCCCUAGCAGCCAGCACAGGCAGUGUUCCGGAACCUUCAAGGUCUUGGCCUAAGUGGAUGCUAUAAAUGACUUCCAAGUAUUUGGCGGUUCACCAUUGGAAGUUGUGAUGAGUCAGAAGGGGCUGUGCAAGCACUCCAUUUAACCCCUUCCAGUGCUUGCAUGCUGCUUGAGUCAAGAGCAACACUGCCAACCUCCUCCUGCCAUUAUUAUUAUUAUUAUUAUUAUUAUUAUUAUUAUUCAGAUGAUGGCUUACCCCACCUUCCAACUGCUUGACCAUAACUUUUGCAGAGUUUCUAGCUUCCCUUCUUCUGGGUACCUUGACUUCCAGUGCAAGUCAUAUAGACCAUAAGUCUCAUAUUCCGCUUCGCUUGCCCCCAAAGUAAGAGUACUGUGAUUGAGUUGACUGUGUAUGGAUAGUUUGCUCAGCUCCAUUGCUGAUUUGCGGGAGUCCUUGAGCCAGAGGUGAUUAAUGUUUGCUUAAAGGUUUUGUCGUCUUGACCUCAAAGCUUUGAACUAAUCAUUAGCUGCAUUUCUAAGAUGGGUAUUCCAUAAAUGCACCAAGCAAAAGGCACAUAAUUUGGGUGAGGCCAGCUGUCUUAAGGCCUGGAAUCUAGCACAGGCGGAUGUCUGUUUCAGCUCUUUGAUUUGCCCUUUUGUUCUUAAACCAAAUGUAAAUGAUUCUUGGGAAGGUUGGCUUCUGUUUUUUUUUUAUUUAUUUUUUUUUAAAUGAUAUUUAUUAAAGUUUCACAAAAAUACAGAAAACAAAGAAAAAAGUAUAAAUUACAGCAAAAAAGUAAAAAGUAAGAAAAAACAUACAAAAUAAAACACAAUUAAAAACACAAUGAUGUUCCAUAACCUAUCUUCCUUACUCUUAUUUCCCCAGACCUCCUCAUACCUCCCUUCUUUGUAUUCCAAUUCAGUUUGUUGGUUCAGCAAAUCCUUACCAUUAAUCUUUUACCCAAUUGUUAACCUUUUUUUUUCAUGUCUCUUAAAGCAUUACAGCUAAAAACCUCUUAAUUUCUAUCCAACAUCCUUCUAAAGUUCCUUAAUUUUACAAUAUUUCUGUAAAUAGUCCUUAAAUUUUUUCCAAUCUUCUUUCACCGACUCUUCUCCCUGGUCUCGGAUUCUGCCAGUCAUUUCCGCCAAUUCCAUGGGAAGGUUGGCUUCUGCUUGACACUUUGAUGUUUGUGAAUGAAAUUGCCUGUUGAGCCUUUGUAAACAGACUGCCUGGGUGCUUAAACAUACAAAGGGUAUUCGAAGGUAAAGUGCGAGCUCAGAGGUGUCCAGGGGGAAAGUUUGUACAACAUUUUUGCAUCUUAUGUGUAAUAAACUUGUGAGAUUUUGACCAUAUGCAGUCAAAGGCAAACUGAUUGAAAUUGUGCAAGUUAAAAUCCGGGCAAGGCAGAGAGAUGGAGAUAUGCCUGUAGUAUAUCUCACUUUCAGCAAAGCAUUUGACAGACACUUUGUGAUAGGCUUCUUGAUAAGACAGUAAAAUCACAGGCUGGGCUUUUGUUCCCUACCAAAAGCUACCCUCCCAUCUUUGAUUUUCUUCUGUGAUUCAUUCUCUAGAGGUGCAAAAGACAUGCUAUUUUAAAUAUUUAACAAAAGUUAAAUACGGCUUGAUUGUAAAUAGAACCUCCAAGACAGGCAUGUGCUUGUCCAUCUCCAUCCGUUUUUCAGGCAAGAUCCCUAAGGGGAGAAGGGAAAGCAUCCUCACACAGCUGCUCUGAACAGUGGAUCUCGACAGAAAAGACUAACAUUGCCUCUUGCUUAAACUCCAUGGGCACAAAAGGUUCUCCUAAAGUAGGCAUGUGCAAAGUCCAUUUUGGGGGCCUAAUUUGGCAGUAUAUGUCCUGGGGUAAAACCCUUAAAAAAGCUCAACAACUUUGGUUGGCCCUCACACAUGUUCACUUCAUCAAAUCUGGUGCUCUCUGAAAAAAGAUUGGGCACCCCUGCUCUAAGAGGUGUAUGACCAAUAUUUAAAUGAUCAAUACAAGACAGUUAAAGACAGGUAUAUUAAAUAUAAAUAAAAUAUAAUUAAAAUCAACUGUUCAGCUAAAAACAUUUAAACACAUGUCUGGAUACAUGCCUGAACAAAAAUAUUUUUAGCAGUGUGGAAAAGAGUACACCAAAGGCACUUUUUCUGAUGUCACAGUGUUUCCUGAGUAUUGAUACUGCCUAAGUAUCAAGUGAGAGGCAGUGUGGUGUAGUUUGAAUGCACGUCAAAGUAGAUAAAUAGGUACUGCUCUGGCGGGAAGGUAAAUGGCAUUUCUGUGAGCUGCUCUGGUUUGCCAGAAGCGGCUUAGUCAUGCUGGCCACAUGACCUGGAAACUGUACACCGGCUCCCUCGGCCAAUAAAGCGAGUUGAGUGCCGCAACUCCAGAGUAGUCCGCGACUGGACCUAACAGUCAGGGGUCCCUUUACCUUUAGUAUCAGGUGAGAGGUAGCGUGGUGUAGUGGUUAGAGUGCCGAACCAGGACCUAGGAGGCCAGGGUUCCAGUCCCCAUUCAGCUAUGACACUCAGGAAUUAAAGUUUUAUGAUCGCUGUUCUGUUUUUGAUCUUCUGCUCAGCGGACUGUGUGGUAUAAAACCUAGAAAGUAUUGAACCUUUUGUGGCAGUUACAGUUGGUAGCAUAUUGUGCAGUUUUCAAAAUCCCCAGAUCUCUUUCAGGUCUAUCCUGAGUGUAUGCAUGCUUCUAGUUUAUCUGAAGUUGGUAGAAGAAAAGAUUGCUUUCUUAGUUUGUCUUGCAUGGUACUGUGAUAGACAGCACCUAAUUACUUCCAUAUGAAGAUUUAUCAGCUGCAGCGCAAAAGGUGUGAAUAGUGUGUGUGCAUUCUGUUGUCUGGGCUUCUUUGAACUCUGGGUGUGAGCUGAUCUCUGGGUGUGGUCUUGUGCAGGCAAACCUCAUUAUCUGUGGAUUAAAUCGCCUCCCUAUCUGCUUAUGCAUGCUGCUUUAUAACACCAAUAGCCCCCUGGGUCCCCACAAUUUGGAGUGUCAAGUCUCAAGAGGACUUGAAUUGUAAUGCAAGCAUGAUUUGCAUACACACACACACACACACACACAUAUAUAUAUAUAUAUAUCACAUUGUGAUUGCUUGGAUCUAUUGACUACUUGGGUAAAUGCUACACAUCUGUAAAAGGUUUUCAGUGGAGCAUAUUAUGAGGGGGACAAACAUGCUUGCUUUUGGUCUAAUUUACUGUCCCUGUAAUUGCCUUAAAUUGAGACUUUGGGGUUGGUUGGUUGCAACAAGAUGCGAUAAUUGAGGACAUGUGGCACUUAAGUGGGUCAAAACGAGGCCAAUAAAACUAGGAGUAGAAUUCCAUUACAGCUGGAAGGGCUUCAUAAAGCAACAAUUGUCAAGCUGUUUGCUUAGACCCGUUGAGUCAGGCUAGCGCCAUCUUGCGGAGUCUGCUGUGCCUUUUUGUUGAUGCAGGGAGCAGACUGACUUGGCAGCAACUUGAAUCCCCUCACAGUCCCCACCUUGCCCUACCGGGACCAAGCUAUACCUAGCAUGCAAUCAUGUGACACCUUGCCCAAUUCUAGCUAAUUAGUGAAAAGCAGCCUCUGGAGGCUUGCAGUCUUCUGUGGAGCACAGAGUGGGUGAAAAGGCUGCUUAACCCGUCUGGCUGCUCUCUACUUUAAAUAACUCCUUCCCCAGCUAUGUUCAUGGAAGUAAGGGACUUAGCUCACUUAAGGGGAGAAAAGCAGUUGAAAGGAUUAAGCAGCCAGCCCCCCCCCCCCCCGCCAAUGCCCUGUGAUUGCAGCUGCCUUUUGUCAAUUAAUGCAGGUGGAGUGUCCUGAGGGUGGGUCUGUUUCCUACUCAGUGAUUCACCUUUGUCUUCUUCAGCACAGUCCCAUGUGGAAGGAAUUGGUUUGGAAGAGAGCCUCCCAUGGCAAUUCAGAAAGUGAUUUCCUGGCCUUGCCUGUUGUUGUUUGGCUUAAUGACCCUCUCUGCUUCAACACAAUUUUCAUAUUUCCCCCUUACUUUUAAGGCAGUUAUUGUUACAGCGUCAUCUACUUAUCUUACUGUUUUAAAAUCUGUCCCAUUCCUUUUUCUUGAUGUGUUAUGGCUUUUUCAGUUGCGAGCCUCUCUGAGUGGUACAAAAUUUGGUACUGAUUUAGUUAUUUAAUUAAUUUGAACAGCAGGAGCUGUAAAUACAUAGACAAAGUUGUUUUGUGGUUUUGGCAAUGUGAUGCCUUUAGCUGGGCGAGCUGGUGUCUGCCUUCUCUUCCACACCCAACCGUGUAUGCUUCUUGUGAGGGCAGAACUCAAAAUAUUUCACCAUCCUGCAGGCCUCUCUUACCUUCGCUACCUUUUCCCCAAACCCCACGGCCUCUUUUUUGUUGUUGCUAGGUUUGGGAGAAGUGGAGGGUUUGCUGUUUGUGCAGCUUAGUUGCCAGCACUUCCUUGGGCUACCCUUCCUUGGUUUGGGAGCCUGUGAGGCACUCCAGACCUUCCUUGCCUCUGAAAACAGCAGUUCCUCCUUUCCCUUGUUUCUAGUUUUGCCUUGGAGUAAGUGUAACAAAUCAAAUAUUGGAGCAUAGCACUUACCAGAUAAAAAAAAUAUAUUGCGUGACUUGCACCUUGUUAAAAGCAUUUCUAGUCCAAAUUCAAACUGAAUUAAAAAGUGCACACCAUAAUUCUUUGUAUGCUCGCAGAAUUAAAAGGUAUAUCUAGGAAGAUACUGCUAGGAUUAUUAAAGUUGGAGUGACAGACAUCUUAAUGCUUUUCAGUAUAGUAGGCAGAACUGGACUUCUAAUUCCUAGCAAAUUAGUGUGGGUUUUAUCCAAGUAAGUUUGACCCAGAGUAGAAUGAAUUGGGGUCUGUGCCCCGCAGGGAAGACAUUGGUUUUGUGUCUUUGGAGGUCUAAUUGUAGCCCUGUCCUUCUCAGGGAAUUGGUGCAAGAGGAGGAAGAACAGUUGAUGGAAGAAAGGAAAAAGAGGAAAGACGACAAGAAGAAGAAAGAAGCUGCUCAGAAAAAGGUGAGUCAGAGACUAAGGUACUUAGUGGGUAGUGAUGGCUUUGAAAUGGGCUUAGACAAAUGCAUGGAGGAGGAGGAGACUCUUGAUGGGUACUAGUCAUGAUGGAACAGCAGGAGCAUCUUAUUGGCCACUUUGAGAAACAGGGUGCUUGACUGGACAGGAGCCCUUUGAUCUGAUCCAGCUUCAGGGCUCUUUUAUUGGCCUAAAAUGUAUGUGUUUGUGAACCUCGCAUUGCAUGAUUAUCAGAUGUUUUAGCCUUUAAUGCUGGGAGUUCUUUGCACAUAGGGGGAGAAUCCUUCAACUUUAAAGGGAUCUGACUACAGUUUUAUAGGGAGGAGUGGAGACAACCUUGCUUCAUAUUUAUGUUGAGAAAGGGUGCGUAUGCUGAUAAUGCCCUAUAAGCUGCCAGUUUGUGCCCAGAGUUGGGAAAGCAAGUCUCUGAUAAUCAUUAAUUGGGUUGUUGUUGUUGUUUUUCAGGCCGCUGAACAAAAAAACAAAGGUGAGUUAUUUUAUGGUUAUUGGCUUGGCGUAACUUUGAUACGACUCUUUGUCUGGUGAAGAGCUUUGAGUGCGCCUUUGGUGGGCUGGAGAUUCUUCCAUGAGAAAGCCUACAACCUGGCUUUUUAGUGAUGAAGCCUUUUCUAUUUGAGAUACCACCUUUUUUCUUUCCAGAGGGGUGCAUAAAAGAAUCCUCACACCUUUGAGCUUCCCCCAGCCCAUGUCAUGUUGAACACUGAACCCCUAUUCUAAAGUACAGGCUGGAAGAGAUGAGCAAAGAGCUUUGAAAUAGGAGAGGAGGAAAGUGCAUGGGAGAGAAAUUCCUGCCCCAUGCCUUAAUUCAGGCAUCCCCAAACUCGGCUCUCCGGCUGUUUUGGGUCUACAAUUCCCAUCAUCCCUGACCACUGGUCCUGUUAGCUAGGGAUGAUGGGAGUUGUAGUCCCAAAACAUAUGGAGGGCCCAGUUUGGGGAUGCCUGCAUUAACUCUUGUAAUUCAAAGCUCUUUCCUAGUUGUUCGAGGCUGGAGAGCAAAGUCCCCCUCCCCAGACCCAGUGGUCUUCCUUAGAUACCAGAUAUUGCUGCACAUUUUAAAUGCCUGCAUUCUGUCUAAAAGCAGGAAAUUUGGAACAACAUCCAAGGAUUGCACAACGGAAAUCUGCUUGUGCAAUGUCGCUUCUGGUUUCUUUGAUUUUCCCCUCCUGCACCCCUCCAUGCACUCACAAACUUGCUCUGGAGGGUCACCAAAACUCCGGAGCAGAUUUUUUGGGUGUAGGUGAAGCUUCAGGGGAGGAAUGGAAGGAGAAGCCCCAUUGCAAAGGCAGACACCCUCUCAUGCUAUGUUGGCUCCCACCUUUGGGUUUUGGGGGGGGGGGUUUAAAAAACUAUCCUGUACAGUGGUACCUCGCAAGACGAAUGCCUCUCAAGACGAAAAACUCGCAAGACGAAAGAGUUUUUCGUUUUUUGAGUUGCUUCGCGAGACGAAUUUCCCUAUGGGCUUGCUUAGCAAGACAGAAACGUCUUGCAAGUUUGUUUCCUUUUUCUUAAAACCGUUACAGUAAUACAGGGUGCAUUGCUUGAAGAGGUGCAGUUGCGACUUGACUUCGGGGAGCAACUCAUAGCACACGGUGUGGUAGCCUUUUUUGAGGUUUUUGAAGAUUUUUUUGAAAAAAUUGAAACCGUGCUUCGCAAAACGAAAAAACUCGCAAGACGAAAAAGCUCGCGGAACGAAUUAAUUUUGUCUUGCGAGGCACCACUGUACUUAAAUUUCUCUCGUUAGGAGAUAUUUCCAAGAUAGUACUGCAGAUUGCACAAAUACAUUUGCUCUGCAAAUCUUUUGUUGAGCAGAUUGAUUUUUUGGUGUCCCUUGAUGUCUGGAGUCAUCUAAUGUUUUGUUUCAGAUUGCGUUAAGUGCAAAGCAGAGGAAAAGAGGGAUUUGGGGGCAGUUAUAAGACUUUUAAAAGGCUUCCUUUAUUUUGAUUGAAUUUUACUUUUCUCAUGAAUGAAACUGGCUAAGAGUCCUUUUGGCAUUAUAAGGGUGCUCGGAGUAGUAUCUUCCAAAAUACUAGGCAUCUUAGAUCAAUUAGGAAACAAAAGCUUCAGUGCACUCUAAACUUAGUAUACUUAAGAAUGGUGCAUUUUUAAUUUUUUUUUUAAAUGAUAUUUAUUGAAAUAAUUUUUUUUUUUAAGUUACAAAAGAAAACAAAGUAGAAAAAGAGAAAAACAAGCCACUUCCAACCAUACAAAUACACAAAAUAAGAGAGAGAGAAAACAAAAAUUCACCACAAAAAUUUAAAAACAAUUAAAAACAAAUCCAUUAUUUUCAACUCCUCAACUGUCAUUACCCUCUUUCCUUGACCUCCUCCUCCUCCCCUUCCUUGUGUCUUAGUUGUUAAUUGUCACAGCAAAUCCUUUCCAUAUUUCAUAAUAUUCUGUCAUUACAUUACCUUAAACUAUUUUAAUCUUAUCUUACUAUAAAAAACCUUGGAACUUAAAACUUAAAUCUUAUUUUUACCAAUUUCUCAUAACCAUAAUAUUCUUACAUAAUUCUUUAAACAUUUUUACUAAAGCCAAAUAAUUUCAUUCCAACAUUUUUCUAACAUUCAUCAAUUUUAUAAAACAAUCCUAGUGAUGAAAAAAAGAAAUAAAAACAAAUCCAAUCUUCAUCCAGCGUCCCUUCCUCCUGGUCCCGGGUUUGUCAGUCCUUAUUAUCCCAUCAAUCUGGCGCAUUAACCUGGUGACCUUAUAUCCGAGGCCCUUAAGUCUCUUCCAUGUCCCUUCCGCAGCUCUUCUUCAUAUUUGUAACUGUAUUUUCCCUUGUCUCCUGCUCGUUUCACUCGUGGGAACUCCAGCUUAGCAAUAUUUUUGACCCUUCUCGACAGAUCAGCCCCUUUUCCAUAAUCAACACUAAAUUCCAUGUGGUAUUUAAAAACAUGUUUCAAAAACCCUCCAAAAUUGAGAGCCCCCACAAUCCCAAACAUCUCACGGCCCAUUGUCAGACUUGAAAAGUCCAAAAAUCCCUGCAUAGGAGGGUCUAUCCAACCCCCCAUUUCCAAACCAAACCAAACUUUUUCUUUCCAAAUCUGGCUUUUUCAAGUUCAUUUGUCAAAUCCAAAAGCUCAUAUUCCUGUUGGGCCUGUUCUGUCAGGGCACACUCCUGAUUUAAUUCCUGGGUGGGCUCCACAUAUUUUCCCACUGCCUGUUCAAAAUUUCCCACUGCCUGUUCAAAAUUUCUAAUCGAAUCAGCCAUCAAAUUCGUCUUCUCAUGUAGCUGUUCCAGUAGGGCAUUUGUUUUAUAGAAAGCACACAACAGAGCUUCUGAAUACAUUGUCCUGCAAGGUCAGAUGUCUAUUCCCACGAUUGUAAUCUGUAACAGCUGCCAGCUCCCAGGAGUUGGUUACAGUUUCACAGUCUCCCUCUAGGGGGAAAACUUCUAUUUGAUCUUUCUUUUAAAGGCAAGUCUAGCAACAGAGUUUCCUUUUUUCAGAUAUUUUGUCAAUAUUUGUUCCUUUAAGGUGCGAAAGGAAACAAUGGAAUCACUAUGUUCCUCUUCUUUUAGCUAUCUGUCAAAAGCGUUUAUCUCUGGUCAAUGAGCUUCAUACGUCAGUCCUGACACCCCGCUCCAGGAUCAGGACGGUGGAAAGUUACUUUACUUUAAACUCACUUCUGCAGGUUUAAACAGUCCAAAAAAGAUCCCCCUCUUCUCCUGCUGCCGAAGGGGGGUUCAACAAUUUUAAAUGAUGAAAGCCAAUCCUUUAGAGGCGAUUUUCUGAGCUCUAGUUUACGUUGUCUUUGCUUUAUUCUGUCUACAAAGAAACGGAAGGCUGACUUCCUGUUUAGACCUUUCCGUUUCAGUACCAAAUUGAAGUAAAAUUUUUAAGUCCAAUUCCUUUCUGCUCGCAAGUCCUUAUUUAAAGUCCAAUUGUUCAAAGUUUAAGUACUCACGGGUGCUUAUUUUAGAAGCCAAAUUGUCCCAGGAAAAAGGCAGCGCUCUCCGGCAACGGCUGUGCGGCUUCGCUCCAUGGAAAAAGCAGUUGACUCACAGCACCGCGCCACUUCCCCCUCUUCGCUUCAGAGCCCGUUAGUGGGUUCCUUUGCGGGUUGGGGGGGCGCUAAGGGUGCCUGCCGAGUCCCAUGGUCACAGGCUUCAUCCGCCUGUGAUUUUUAAAAGGGUCCCCGCUUCGCCGUAGCGGAAAAGACCCGAAUAAUAGGCUAAUUUGCUUCACUUAAGGGUGUCAGACCAGCGUGUAGUACACACGUGCCCAGGGUAGAUAAAAAUUAAUUAACUUUUUAAGAAUUAAAGGUGCCUCUUUAAUUUAGAAAAGCAAUAAUAGCCAGGUUUAAAAGAAAAAUCUGAUCCCAUAUAAGUCACAGUCUUUUUGGUGGAAUUACUUCAGUAAGUGUACAUAGGAUUCAGCUUUAGCCUGCAAGUAAGCGAUCUUGCUUAGUUAGUCUACUUACAUGUGCACAGAUGGGUAAACAAAAGACUAUUGUUUUCAAGUGGUUAUAAUUUUGCAGUGCAAUGCUAAUAUGGGCAGUAUUGCAACAAAUUCUGGAUUUUGCUUCUUGGCUUGUAAUUAAGGCCCUGCUUAAUUACAGACUGCAGCGCUUUAAAUAUUAUAGUGCCUAGACAGUAUGGAUUUUGUUCAGGAAGCAUGUAUACAUUUUGAAAUUGGAAACCUGAUUGAAGACUGCAAUCCACAGGCAGGCACAGGAAUGCUUUUGAAUACCGAUUGUUGGGAACCACGGGAGGGGAGAGGGCUCUAGCUCUCAAAUCCUGCUUGCAGGUUUCCCACAGGCAUCUGGUGGCCACUGUGAGAACAGGAUGCUGGACUAGAUGGGCCCAUUUGGCCUGAUCUAGUGGGCUCUUGAUGUUCUUAGGGGAUCUUGUACUGUCCCAUAGCUAGGUCUGUGGCACUCACCCUACUUUCAGCAGACCCUCAAUCGGCCUUUUAACAUCUUUAGGAUUGCUCUGACAAUUACGUAAAUUAGUCUUUCUUAAGGUUUAAAUAAAUCUACCCUACUGGAGCCUGGUGGCAUGUUUCAUUUGUUUGUUCCAAUUGUGAUGGAUGAAUCAGAAUUGUAGAGUUGGAAGGGACCCCAAGGAUCUUCUAGUUCAGGGGUCGGCAACCUAAGGCCCAUGGGCCACAAGCAGCCCACGGGGGGUCGUUUAACUGGACCCCGAGCCGCCCACUCGGCGAGUCCCUGCGCGCUGCGCUAAAUCAGUGCAGCAUGGCACGGGGACUCACUUCCGCAGUGCCGGGAAUUGCGCAGACGCCGGAAAUCACGUCAAUGCAGAUACUGGAAAUCGCGUGCGUACAUGCAUGUUAUCCACCCCACAGGGAUUUCUGCUGGAGUGAACCAGCCCAGGCAAGGUAAACCUUGCUAAUCCCUGCUCUACAACCUCCUGAGGGAGAUGAUUCCACUGUGGAAUAGCUCUUACUGUCAGAAAGUUUUUUCCCUGAUCUGACAGCUCUUACUGUCAGAAAGUUUUUUCCAUGAUCCCCUAUUUCCCUAAUUGGGAUCUCCUUUCUUGUCAUUUGAAGCCUUUGGUUCGAGUUAUGUGACAGCCCUUGAGAUAAUUUGAAGAUGGCUAUCGUAUCUCCUCUCAGUAAACAUACCCAGCUCCUUCGACCCUUCCCCAUAAGGCUUCCAGACCCUUGAUCAUCUUGGUUGCCCUCCUGUGUGCACAUUCCAGCUUUCUGGAAUCUUCCUUAAAUUAAAGCUUUAUUUCCUAAAAAGUAGUAUAAAGUGCCCCUUUUCUUAUUAAAACUAAAGUUAGUUUCCUUUCACAUCAGAACUCCCAGAAAAUCUUGCACACUCUUAACUGUGCUUUGGUGAGCCAUUGCUGUUUUAUCUGUAAAAGGGCAGGUAUUUCCUGUCAAAAGUCCCCACCUUGACUCAUUUCCUGUUCCUUCUCAUGGCUCUAGGGGAGUCAACUGUAGCUAUCCAUCCUCCCCAGGGGCCUCCAUUGGAACUUUUGCAUUUUGCAUGUCUCAUCUUGAUGAUAUGAAAUCCACAUGUGCCCUUUAGCACCCCCAGACUGGCAGCUCAGUGAGGCACUCAAAAGGAAAGUACGUUGCUAUGUUUGUAAGUGACAGUGAAAGCAGAGAGGUCUAAAUGCAGCCUGCUUUGUGCCAGAAAAAGGAGUGAAACCAACACUUGCAGGGUGGUUCUUCAGCUAGUGAAACUGUUUCCUGUCUGCACUGAAGAUAUUAAAGCAACUGUAGUUUUGUUUUCAUGCCUAAGUGAAGACUUGAGAGAAGAGUUCUACUCACUAACUAGCCCUGUAAAACUAUACCCUUCCAGCAGUUAAGUGAUGUUUAUGCAGCACAUUGGAUGUGCUUCUUCUAAUCUCUACUGUAGAGUUUAAAAAAAAAAUUAAAACAGGUUUAAAAAAAUUAAGACAAGGCUUAUGCAUCUUGAAAACAUGUUCUUUGCUCAUCUUCCUUGCUAUUAAGUUUUGAGGCAAGUCAAGGGCUGCACAACUGCUUUAAAGUUUCUGUUUAUUGCUAAGAAAUUUUCCAGGGAGAAUUGGAAGUGGGAAAUUGAAUGGUUUUCUUAUGAAAGUUAACUGAAGCCAUCUUUGAGCAUUCAAGUGUGUGAGCCUGGGUUGCAUUGGAGACAAACAAGGCAAUUAAAAUCACUCAUCUCUAGUAACUCAUGGACAUCCAUUGAUAAUUGAACAUGAAGCUCACCCCUCAAGUCUGCCUUUCCUCCAUCCUUCUUUUUUCUUUCUCCUUUCUGACUACCAACAUUGAGUUCCUCCUGGUGCCUGUUUCUCCAUGAGAUUUGUCCAGGCCAAACUUGUCUUUUUCUCCAGAGAUGCUCAAGCCAGCUGUUUAUUCUGUUCCUGACCCCUCCGCUCUAAGCCACUGGGGUGCUUCAUCAUUCCCAUCAUCCCAACGGUUCCAUUGCCACUGGGGAAGGGGAGGGUUUUCUAGCAAGAGCAGAAGCCACUUAGUCUGUCAUGUAUAUAAAGCAUACAGUCAAACUUGGAACUCAAACAUAAUCCAUUCCGGAAGACCAUUCGACUACAGAAUUGUUCAGGUUCUGAGGCAUGGCUUCCGAUUGGUUGCAAGAGCUUCUUGCACUCAAGCGGAAGCCACGUCGGACGUUUGAUUUCUGAGGAACGUUCUGGGUUUUUGGCGUUUGGGAGCCAAAACAUUAAAAAACGGAGCCGUUUGAGAAUCGAGGUUUGACUGUAUAGCUAAUGCCUUUUUAAACCCCUUAUGUAAGUUCUAUGUUUUAUAAGUGUUUUUGAGAACAAACAGUUGUGUGUUUUGUUGAAUGAAUAUUUGUUGUUGUUUUUAGUGGUCUCCUAAAACAAUUUACUAACAUCUGCUCUUCCUUCCUCUUCUCUCCCGUUCCCCCUCCCCCGUCAAACAUCUUGCUUUGGGCAAGUGCAGUGCCGGAACCUGCCAAGCCCAGUGUCAAUCAGCUAUUACCUGCCACCUCCACUGCCGGCACAACCACAGCACCCAGCAGUGUUGGUGGCAAUAAUAAUGCCAAGAGGGCUUUGGUCAGCAGUCAGCAGCAGCAGCAGCAACAGCAGUCGUCGUCGUCCUUGCCUCGCUACCCACCUCGCGAAGUCCCUCCGCGGUUCCGGCACCAGGAGCAGAAGCAACUCUUGAAGCGAGGGCAGCCACUGCCGGGGAUCGCUGCAACCCUGGGGGCGGCAUCUAAACUGCUGAACGGCCAGUCCGAAGGGAGCCCAGUAACAAGCGAGCAGCCUGCAGUGGGUGGCGAAGGGCAGAGCAGCAGCAAAAAGCAAGCAGGUGAGAAGGCAGCAAAGACUUACAGGACCGUAAACUCUCUGGCUCAUUUGGCAGGGGGGCUGCACGCUUUGGAGGAAGGCCCAACCCAGCUCUUUUCCAUGCUCCUUAAGACCCAUUUCGCCUCCAUUUCUAAAUGUCACAACUCUGCAGAAACCGGAUGUUCUUUUCCUGUGCUUCAUGCCAAGACUGCGGCUGCAGAACCUGCCAAGGCACAACACAUGCUCUCUUUGCCCUCAGCUGUGUCACCUGCCUUUCCACACUUGGGGGGAGUGGAGCGGGCAGGAGGAAUAAUACACUUGCUGGCGUCAGUUCUUCCUUCACACUUUUUACCAGAGGAUCGCUAGAGAGUUUCUCCACUUAAGAAUAUAGGACUGUUCUCAAUGUAGUAGGAAGGUUGGUGCACCCAUUGUGUGACUUAACAUUUUGAAGAGGAGCAUAAUGGGGGCACAUGCUUUCUAUAUGCCAGCAGUUUACUCUCAGAGUGAUAAGAGGCUGGAUGUUAAGAAGUCUGCACGGACAGCAAGCUGUUGCGGGCACUUGUCAGUUGAUCAGAGUGACCAGAGAGGUGAAUGAAUCUGGAGCCCUGAGCAGGGAUGAGUUGACCAUUGCAAGACCACAGCAGACCAGAGAAGGCCAUAAUAGUCUAAGCAAGAGAGCUCCAGAGCUUGGCCAGAGUUCUUAACGAGAGGGAGGGGCCAAGAUGAGCUCCAUAGCCAAGGCACUCUCCCACCAUUCCACUAGCUGCACUUCAGCUACCAGUGGGAUGUGGUGAGACGCCCCUCCUGUAGAUCUUAAUGAGUGGGGAAGGGGGAGAGGCAAGUCAUUUUAGGUAUUGGGGCUCAUUUCACAUGUGGAAUAUAUGGACAUACCUGUGCCUGCCCUUUUGCUAAGAAUACUACAAGUACCUAAGCCAUGUACUUUUGCAACAUCCUGUGGUCCUUGUUUUCCAGAAUUCUGGAUAGUCUUAUUGCCUCUGUUUCUUUGCUCACUGUACUGAAUGUUUCUUUUUUGCUGUACCAUUUCCAAUGAUGAUGACGAUGUCUUGUCGUCUCCUCCUCCUCCUAGAUCUGAACCACAGCACACUAGGAUCCCAUUAUGAGAACUCUCAGUGGGGAACAGUCUCUUCCAGUGGUGACUCCAGCACAAACUGGGAUAAAGUUAUUGUAGACGGCUCAGACAAGGAGGCAUGGCCCUCAAUCACCGGCAGUGACGUGGAGCUGGCUUCAGAAUGUACGGACACUGACUCUGCUUCUGCCUCAAGUUCUGGGUCGGAGAGGAACCUCAUCGCCAUGGCUUCAAGGGGCCCAGGCAGUGAAGUGAAUGGCCUGCGGAAUGGCGGCAGCGGCCACUGUCCUCAGGCCAAGUUUGGCAACAGUAGCAACAGCAAUAACGUGGGCAACGGGAGCGUUGGCAGGUCGUGGGGCGUGUCCCUCGGCUCCCUCGUGAGCUCCUGCUCGCCGAUGCCCGCCGAUGCUCCUAACGGCAUGUCGGAAAGUAGCAACAAUAGAAUGAACACUUGGAGCGCGCUCAACUCAUCCAAUGGAGGAUUAAAUCCCAGCACUUUGAAUUCCAACGGCCACCGCAGUGCCUGGCCUGUCUUGGAGAACAAUGGGCAUGCCCUGAAAGGGCCCGGAGGAAGCGGUAGCUGCAGCACAGGUUUAGGUCAGAUAGCGAACAAUCAGAGUAUGAACUCGUCCAGCCUUGGCGGCUCCUGGGCCAGCCUCCAGGAAAACUGUGAUCCCCAAGCAAAUGGUACAAGGAAGGCUUCGCGGAGUGGGCAGCCUCAGAGCCUUAACCCCGAAGUGAAUGGACCAAAUAAUAAUAACACUACUAACUUUAUGACCUCUAGUUUACCAAACCCUGCUGGUUCGAUGCAGGUGACUGAACCGGCAAGUAGUAAUACAGGGCCUGGGGCCUGGUGCGUGAGUGCCAAGAGCAGUCGGCCUCAGCCCCAGGCCUCCUCUCCAGUAAUAAGCAGCACUUCCGUUUCUCACCUGAGCAAUGGUGAAGCAAAAAAUGGUGGAACUCCCAGUACUCUGUGGGGCACCUACAGCCCCGCUUACUCCGGAGACACCUGCUCAAACAGCCAAGCCAAUAGCGACACUGUGAAUGCAAACCUAAUGCAGCCUGGGCUCAGCGGGACCAGCAGCACUAACUUUGAAAUCAAUGGGGAGAAAGGAGCAGGGGCGUGGGAGGCAGCAGGCGGGGGGGCCAGCGCCCAGAAUGUGGUGUGGGGGGGUGGGAUUGGAAUGGGCUCUGGAGGAGGAGGCAGCGGCCGGAGGGGUCCUGCCCAAAGCACCACCUUAGCCGACGGAGAGUGGAACAAACUUCCAAGCAACCCUCACGCCUCCAAGGGCGGCAGCGGGAACAGUAAGAAGUUUACAAACAUGCGGAAAUCAUCCGAGGAGGAGAGUGCCGCAGUCGACAUCCAGAGUUUUGCAGCAAUUCAGAAUGUGGAGCAGAACGGCGGGUGGACGAAAAGCAGUAUUGCGGAUAGCGACGGCAGUACAGAGAGCCCCGAGGAAAGAUCCGCCGCGGAAGGGGCGAACCGCGAAAGGAGGAAAGCUGACCAGCACGCGUUGCUCCAGAGCAUAGUGAACAGGACAGAUCUGGACCCCCGGGUCCUUUCCAAUUCUGGUUGGGGACAGACUCCGAUCAAACAAAACACUGCCUGGGACACAGAGGUUUCUUCAAGAGGGGAGAAGAAGACUGACAAUGGGACAGAGGCCUGGGGGGGCUGCGUGACCCAAGCCUGCGGCUCAGGGGGCCUCACGGAGAGGUCCAGCCUGCAUGGCAACAACGCUCCAUCCAGCCAGGGUUGGGGCGAUCCAAAGUCUGCUACAAGGUGGGGGGACUCCAAAGUCUCCGGCACCCAGGGGGGGUGGGAAGAGGGCUCUGCUUCCACUGCACAGGCCAAGGGCAAUCAAUCAUGGGGGAGCGGCAAAGAGGACAGGUGCUCAUCAUCGCAGUGGAGUGACCCAGACAAGCUCAAGCAGGGGUGGGGAGAUGGGCAGAAGGCAAGCCCCGGGUGGGCGGCCCCAGCUGUCGACGGCUGGGGGGAGAACCUGAGAAGCAAUCAUUGGGGCGAGGUGAAGAAAUCCAGUUCCGGCAGCAGCGACAGUGACAAGUCGACCUCUGGCUGGAAAGAGCCGGGCAAGUCCGGCGCUGCGCACUGGGGGGGAGGCGGCGGCAACAACAACGCCAAGCCAACGAGCUGCACGGGAUGGGAAGAGUCUGCCAAGCCAAGCCAAAGCCAGGGGUGGGGAGAAUCUCCUAAGCCAAGCCGCUCCCAGAGCUGGGGGGGAGAGGCACCCUCCAAGCGCCCUCCUUCCCCAGACUGGAGCAAGCAACAAGAGGUGGGCUGCUGGGGGGCACCGUCUGCGGCAAGCAAGCCGCCGGCCGCAGGAUGGCUGGGAGGACCAAUGCCAUCCGCAGCCAAGGAAGAGGAGCCCACCGGGUGGGAGGAGCCAUCCCCUGAGUCCAUUCGCCGCAAAAUGGAGAUUGACGAUGGAACUUCUGCUUGGGGCGACCCGAGCAAGUACAACUACAAGAAUGUGAACAUGUGGAACAAGAACACACUGAACAGUGGCAGCGGCUGUUCAGACCAGCAGGCACAGGGGCUGCAGCAAGGGCUUUCUUCAAGCGCCGUGAGCAGCAUGGAGACUGGUGGCGGCAGUGGCAGCAGCUCUGGUAAGGCUCCAUUUUCCAUGAUCUGCCUGACUGAGACAACCCUCAGGCGCUACUUUGGGGGGGGAGGCUACUGGAGUGUCUCUUGAAAAGCAUUGUUGUUUGUUUUGCUCCAAAAAGCUAGUGGGAAGUCAAGCAUAUACCAUCGCUUCCAGGUGUGGUUUGUCUGGAGAGAAACAAACCAUCUUCCCAUGUUCAGGUAUCAGAAGUCAGACACCGGCUCAUUUCCUGGUGGAGCAACAGGAACAGGGCAGAAGCAGAGCAAGCACUGUAUUAGCUGCAUUGCACAAGCAUGCUGCUCAUUUGCGUUUAACCAUUGUUUGUUUUUAAGCUAUGGUUUAAAGUUGGGUGUAAACCAUGGUUUAUACAAUUGUGUAGAGAAGUAGCCAGGAAAACAUUCAGUAGUACAUCUUAGCCUUUUCAAAUCAAUGAAAACUCACAGUUGCUGAAAGGUCCUGGGAGAUUUGCAGUAGGUUGACUGAUUUUUGUGUCUUGCCUUUCAAACAAUACAAAGAUACCACCACCACCACCCUUCAGCUGCCUUCUUGUCAAUUCCUACUUGUAUUUUGUUUUAAUUGCAAGGAGCAAAAUAAGAAUUUAUAUCCUUGCCUGUGAAUAUUUUUGGGGGAUGAACAAGUGCCACACAUGGCAUUUUUCUUGGGUAUUGAUCAACAGGCAUUAAUCAUUAACAUAGCAAAUGGGGCAACUCAGUCAAAUGGGCAGGGUAUUAUUAUUAUUAUUAUUAUUAUACUAUCAUCAUCUUUGAAGAUCAGUUUGUGUUGGUGGUAGGAUAAUGUGAGCUUUCCAUUUGGUUAUAGAACAGCUUUCCUCACAAUGGAACUGAAAUUAUUACUAAAAACGUCACUAAAUUUUCCUUAAACAAUCCAGAAGUUAGCCUAGCCAUGUGUUGCCUGGCUUUGGGACCAGCUAAUAAUGUGAACCUCUUUUGAAAGGUUGGGGAGAGCCUCUUCCUGCUCCUGUUACUGUAGACAAUGGCACAUCAGCUUGGGGCAAGCCUGUUGAUGCUGGUACGAGCUGGGGAGAAUCGGUCGGUGAUGCUAUGAGUGCCGGUAGCUGGGGGAACUCAUCUGCUGGGCAGCAGGCUCCUCAUAAACCUGGUACGUGCUUUUCUAGGUGGGCUGGAAGUGGGGAACUGCACUAGGGAAGUUGCUAGCUGUCGAGGUCUGGGGGGGUGCGGGGAACCAAGGGUGCAUUUGUUUGGAGAGCUGAAUUAAGAAGGGAGGCCCUACGACUUGGGUCUGGGAGAUCUGCGUUCAGAUCCCUCCUUCGUCAUUGGCUGCUGUUAGCUUGACUCUUGUUCUUUGUAAAAUGUGAAUAACAGCUCCCCAGGUGAUAGUGCUGCAUAGUGGCUACAGUGAGGGCGGGGGGGGGCGUGUUGUACCUGAUGAGUAAAGAGUGAAUUUUUUUUUCAUCACUAUCAGGACCUAAGUCUAUGCAAGUUCCAGAUGGCUGGUGUGGGGGCGACAUGCCUUUGCCAGGAAGCCAUCAGUCGAACUGGGAGGAAGAGGACGACGUUGAGAUUGGGAUGUGGAACAGCAACUCUGCCCAAGAUGCCAAUGCCUCUCUACACUGGCCACCAUACCCUAAAAAGAUGCCUUCUAAGGUAACCGCGUUUAGCUGCAGAGCAAGACAGAGAAAAGCUCCCUCUACCUCUUAAACUACCUGAAGCCUGUGCUCCAUUAAAGUGCUAUGUAGGUGUUGAUCAGUAGCCAUAUAUCUAAUAAUGAAGUUUCUAUGCUGUUUGUGGUUGCUUGUAGGGAACAAUGAAAAAUGGAAACAAGCAAGACGAAACGUGGAUCAAUCCAUUUGUGAAACAGUUUGUGAAUCUCGGCUUCCAUGUAAGUUCUGAAGUGGGGCGUGCCUGGCAGGGGGGCAAGGACUCAUCCCAUGGCAAUUCAUUCUUUUUCCAGCUCGCUUCAUAUUACCUGCUUUUUUCACAUUUUGCUAAGAUGCACUCUGUGAUCUUCUGCCUGCCUGCCUGCCUGCCUGCCUGCCUGCCUUCCCUCCCUCAUGAAAAGCAGAAGGGGUAGCCUGGAGUAUACCAGUAAGCAGAGGCUGACUGUAAUUAAGCUCCUCUUGGUUAUUCCUUUAGAGAGAGUCACCAGAAGAAAUGAUGCAGAGCAAUAAGAUGGAUGUAUCUGGAGGUAAGUGCAGGCAUGGGGUUUUGGUGGGGUGAAUGAAAGGUGACUCAAGAUAGAAGGGGGGGUGCAGAGUAUCUCAGUGAUAGAGCGCUGGCUUGGCAUGCAGAAGGCUCCAGGUUCAAUCCCCUAUGGCAGCAUCUUCUGGUAGGGCUGGGAAGGACUAGCCUCUACCAGUCCAUUUAGAUGGGCCAGUGAUCUGUCUCUGUAUAAAGACAACUUCCUAUGUUCCUGUUUAUUUGUGGUCUUUUAAAAAUGGUGUGCAUUUCUAACCCAGUGGCUCAGGCCUUGUUAAAAAAUCAGCAAUCCCAGUUAUAACGUGCACCUAAAGCAAAUGAAGUUGAGUGUAUUGUUGUCAAAAAAGACUCCGUUUCACCUGCAUUGUCUUCUCAGGAAUUUCCUGCACAAGGUUUGGACUGCUAUUUUCAUCCUGGCUGGGGCUGAUGGGAGUUGCAGUCCAAAACAGGUGAAGGGUGUCAGGUUGGGGAAGGUUGCUUUAGGACAGGGGUGCCCAAACUUAUUUCAAAGAGGGCCAGAUUUGAUGAAGUGAACAUGCAUGAGGGCUGGCCACAGUUGUUGAGCUUUUUUUAGGAUUUUACCCCAGGACAUACACUGCCUCAGGGACUGGAUUAAAUCGACCGGCAGGUCAGACUUUGGACAUGCCUGCUUUAGGAGAACUUUUUGUGCCCAUGGAGUUUAAGCAAGAGGCAGUGUUAGUCUUUUCUGUCGAGAUCCACUGUUCAGAGCAGCUGUGUGAGGAUGCUUUCCCAUCUCCCCUUAGGGAUCUUGCCUGACAAACGGAUGGAGAUGGACAAGCACAGCCUGAAUGCUGGAGAGUACAGCCGGGUGAUAGGAAAAGGCCCAGGCGCCCGUCCUCAGAUUUCCAAAGAGUCUUCCGUGGAUCGAAAUCCUUACUUUGAUAAGGUGAGAGAGCCUGUCUCCUCCCAAGGGACAGUAAAAAAACAAUUGCUGCUGUACUCAAUAAAAUGAAUGCUCCUGUACUAAAAAUAAAUAAACUGAAGUGUUACUAAAGAGUUGCAUUGCGCUCCUCACCAUGUCUACUCCAAAGUAAGUCCUUCUUAAUUCAGUGGGGCUUCCUCCCAGAUAAAUAGAAUUCGGAUUGCAGCUGUAGUGUGCUUCUGCUUAAGCCUUAAUUUUAAUUCUAGGCUGCCCAUCUCCAAAUGCGUGAGUGGGAGACUGACUCUGGUGCCUCUAGAACCCAGAGCAGGGGAAGAUUCUGAGGAACGCUGAUGUGUUUUCACUGAAAAUAGUUUGCAGGGUUGGGGGACUAAGUUCAGUGCAUAAAAUGAAAGGCCAGCACCCUCCACCAGGAGCAUCUAAUGCUGUUGCUUUUGCUAUGAGUCAUAGGUCCUUAAGAGAAGAGUCUGCACUCCUGUUUUCUCAAUGAGGGUGGGCAUCUCAGGAAAGCAUUUUCACUGCUGUUGUGCUUAAUGUUUGGUUUAGUGAAUUGCUUUGAGUUCACCUUCCUCCAACAAUGUGACUCAUAAAUAUUAUCAUUAGAUAUUCCACAAACUCAUCCUUUUGGCUCAGGAUUGCUGCUAGCCCAACAGGACUCCCCCUGCUCUGUGUCUGCCAAAUGGGCUUGGGAGGGAUGGGGAAAACCCUACAAUAGAUUGCGGGAGGGGGGGUGUUCCAUUGCACUAGCAGCCAUCCUUUCACUGAUGGGACCCUGACUUCAUCCUACGCUGAAUACAACACACUAUUAUUUUAGCAAUAAUUUUAAAGUUUUUUUUGUUUUGUUUUUUGUAAACUGCUUAGAGGUUUUCUUACAAAUCGAACAGUAAAUAAAAUAAAAGAGUAUCUGCCAUCUGCUUAGAGAACCAUCUGGCUCUGGACUGCAGUGGCACUAACCUCCUCUCUCCUGUUUUCUGACUUUUUUCCCCCACCCCGUUGAUGCUGGACUUGUCUGCCUCUUCCUGUCCGUCUAUCCGUCCUGCUGCUUGGCUUGCUGUCCAACCCUUGCUCCUUCAACUUGUCUGCCCAACCAGGAUGGCCUUGUUGUAGCAGACGAUUCCCAGAACAUGCAGUUUAUGUCCAAUCAGAACGUGAAGUUUCCCCCUUCAAACAGUGCACUACCUAACCAGGCCCUUGGAUCCCUAACAGGGCUGGGUAUGCAAAACUUGAAUUCUGUUAGACAGGUAAGGCUGUGAGCAUCCUCUUUACAUGAUGUUUCAACAAAGCCAUUGGGUACUUCCUCAGAUUUUAGCAUGCUGUCUCAUCCCCCUUGAUUUACAGACAUUUAGAGAAGAUGAAUGGCAGCUUAAACCUUUUGGUCCUCUUCCAGUUAUUGCACACAUGGUUUUAAAAAACCUGCAACCCUCUAGAUCAGUGUUUCCCAAACUUAGAAUAAUCAUGUGCCCCUUUUUGCAAGUUUAGUCUUACCGGCAAACCCCUUCUGGGGCAAAGUUAAUUUGUGGGUAUUUUUCAUAAUAAUAUUUUAUCUCGACUAGAGCAAAUUCUUUUGGGUACCAUUAGAAACCCUUUCGCUUACCACACUUUGGGAAACACUGCUCUAGAUACGUAUUUCUCGUAGCCUCUCCAGAUCAAAUAUCUUUCAUGCAGGAGAAUCUUCUGUCAUCCUCUAGAUCAGGUUUCCCAGAUUCAUCCUUGGUGCCAUACAAAGUAUGUGGGGGCUGCUGUUGUGCUUGCUGGCUUCCCUCCCCCAGGGUUAAGUCAUCUGCACGGUGUUGUAAAAACAGCCAUUGUUGGAGAGCACCUUUCUUCCUUUUCAUUUGCCUCAUUACACCAUCUCCUCUUUACAUGUGCCUGUUACUCUCCUCUGCUUCUCAUUCGUAGUUUCUUUUUAACUUCUCAACCCUCCAACUGCUGUCCGCGUAUUUACAAUAGCAUAUGGAGAACUGAAGGCAGCACAGAAUCAUAGGUUCAUAGGUACCCAAGCGUCACCUAGUCGCAACUCCCUGCAGUGCAGGAACCAGACCCAUCUGAGGGCAGUGUGUGCCUAUUUUUGCAAGCACAGGCUUAGCCUUUGUGUUCUGGUUGUUGUUGGCAUGUUCACUUUAGUCCAGAAAGGGUGGUUGGGGCAAGAAGAGAAGCGGUUGUUCCACUGCAGUAUGUCUUCCCUCAGGGCAUCCCCCUCAUUAACCAAGGAUCCUGUUACUGGUGAAGGACCUGGUGGGUUCUCCUUCUGUGGCAGAUAGAUUUAUCAUACUGACUGGAGCUCCAUUGUGGUGCUGUAGCUUGAGCUAUAUAGGUUUAAGAUGGUGUUUCCUAAACUUGGGUCUCCAGCUGUUUUCAAACUACAGUUCCCAUCAUCUCUGACCACUGGUCUUGCCAGCUAGGAAUGAUGGGAUUUGUAGUCCAAAAAAACAACAACUGGAGACCCAAGUUUGGGAAACACUGGUCUUAAGACAUGGAAGAGCCUGAUUCAAAUUUCCCCUGAGCUUCGAAAGAUCACUAGCUGGCUUAGGCAAAUCCCAAUCCCUUCACUUGAACCUACAUCCCACUUCCAUCGUGAGGACAGUGCGUAUGUGCCCACACACCUAGGCAGUGCUUUUUUUUUCCGGGAGGACGCAGCGGUACAAAGACCCUUAAACAUUUUGUGAAUCUAAGAUUGGCUUCAUUGAGGGGCAGUACAGUGGUGCCUCGCAAGACGAAAUUAAUCCAUUCCGCGAGUCUCUUCGUCUUGCGGUUUUUUCGUCCUGCGAAGCACAGCUAUUAGUGGCUAUUAGUGGCUUAGCGGCUAUUAACGGCUUAGCGGCUAUAAGAAAAAGGAAACAAACUCGCAAGAACUCGCAAGACGUUUCGUCUUGCGAAGCAAGCCCAUAGGGAAAUUCGUCUUGCGGAACGACUCAAAAAACGGAAAACUCUUUCGUCUAGCGAGUUUUUCGUCUUGCGAGGCAUUCGUCUUGCGGGGCACCACUGUAUUUCAAUAUGAGUAGGAAAAUGAGAGUACUCCCUAAACAUUUUUUUUUUCAGGGGAGGGAAAAAGCACUGCACUAGGCACGCUUCCCUCAGUUCCUUGCAGGAGUGCUGGGAUACAGGCAUUCUUUUUUGCUUCCAGGCAAAAGAGUUUCAGGGUCUACUAAGAGUCAAGAAUAUAAGAAUGUCAAAAGAGCUCUGCAGCAGCUGGAGCCUCACAGUGGCCAAGCAGAUGCCCCAGUGGGAGGAAGCCCACAAAGUAGCUCUCUCUGUAGAAUUCAGAGGAAGAUGGAAACUCAGUCUUACUCUCUGGUUUCAGGGUGAUGCUUGUUUGCUUCAACGUACAUCUCAGCUCCAAGCUCACCUUCUUAGAAAUGCCGCCUUCCUACCAAAACAGCACUAAGCUGAACAGUUGUCCCUUUCCCUACAUGUGCUGAAUGCAGCACUUAAGGGCAAUGCAAGAAGCAGCUUCAGUAGCUGGCAGACCAUAAUUUCUGUCACUCCUGACCUAAGCUGCCACUUUAUGAUUAUGUACUCCUGCUCCUGUCUUUGGAGAGGGUGGGAACAGCUGCUCAGCCCUCUUUUUACGUUCUCUCUGCAGAAUGGCAACCCCAGUAUGUUUGGAAAUCUAGCAGCACAGUCCCGGAGUAUGCAGCCGUCUCCAGCACAGCCUCUUAACUCAUCUCAGCCUAAUCCACGUGCUCAAGUGCCUCCUCCAUUGCUCUCCCCUCAGGUGAGGCUUGUGAAAGAGAAGUUGGGUGGAUGGGUGUGCUAGUUUUGUAAAGACAUUCCUCUCUUCAAAAAUGAUGGCUGCCAGGCUUGGUCUCAAUAGCACCUGCCCUGGUACAAGCAAACACAAGUCACAUUCUCCACCUCCCACCUCUCCUCUUCUCCCUUCCACAUCCCAUUAAGAGACUCCCCACCUCCAAGUUUUAAAAGAGCUAAGUAAAGGGCCUCCAAGCCAAGCAAGGCUGCCAGUAUCUCUUGGGGCAGUUCUUCCUGCUUGUGGUGAGAAGGUGUUGGUUGCGUGUCUCCCUCCCUCUAUCCUAGCCAACUUCCAACCUUCAUGUCAUUGUCAUGCUUUUCUCCACUUUGUAGGUUCCAGUAUCCUUGCUGAAGUAUGCACCAAACAACGGGGGCCUGAAUCCACUCUUCGGCCCGCAACAGGUAGCCAUGUUGAACCAACUCUCCCAGCUCAACCAGCUUUCCCAGAUCUCCCAGUUACAAGUAAGUGAGACACUUCCUCCCCCAACUUUGCUUCGAAAGUGCUCAUCCUCCCUGACUCUGCCCUCACUUCUUCCUGACUUUUUGCAGCGAUUGCUGGCCCAGCAGAGGAAAGUGCCGAGCCAGAGAAACAUGUCCUCUGCUGCGGGUGGCGGCCGCCAGGAGCAGCAGCAGCAGGUAGGGUUUGAGGAAACUUUUUGUUUUCUCUUUCAUUUUUAAUAUUGGUUCUGCCUUCUCUUGAGCUGAAUUGAUCGGGAAAGAUCAGGUUGAAUUGGGUCUUUCUCCGCUGACCCAUACGUUAUCCCCUUCUUCACAAAUCUCUUGUUGCCAGUUCAGGACUGUUUGCCUGAGAACUGGAAUAUUUCACGGGAACGGUGGACAACCCUUUGUAAAAGCUAGGAUGCACUUAGCAACGCACCUUGGCAAAAUAGGUGAAUCAUCUGUUGUGGAAGAACUAGCUCACUUCUUAAUCUUAAUCUCAGGGUUGUGGGUUCGAGCCGCACGUUGGGCAAAAGAUUCCUGCACCGCAGGAUGACCCCAGAGUGGCUGGGGAAACCCAGCCAGAUGGGCGGGGUAUAAAUAAUAAAUUAUUAUUAUUACAGUCCCUUCCAACUCCACGAUUCUAUGAUUCUCCUAUUUUCCUUCCUGCUGCCUUCAUGCAUGGUCAAAGGAGCGUCUCUUUUUUCUCUCUCUCUCUGCUGGAUAAAGUUAUUCUAAAGGUUGUUCUAAUCGGACCACUUUAUUUCAAAGUACAAGUGCAAGUUCACCACCUAUGUUUUGCAGCCCAGAUCAAGGACUCACUUUGUUUAAAUAUUGUACGUUAACAGUGACCAUUUUGCAGGUUGAAAAGAAGAUAGGUUUUAUUUGCAAAUAACAAAAUUAUUUUCACAUCCAUUGCCAGCAAUACAUAGACAACGUUAUUUAAGAUUGCAUCCAUAUUGUGGAUUCAAGUCAUGUUGGUUGCGUGUGUUUUCUGAAUUAUCUCUGCUGCUCUGUUUGACUAUUAUAAGAAUGAUUAUUAUGGCCUUUUUUGUUGGAUGCUAAGCCAAUUCCACCUUUGUGCACAGGUUGUAAGGGCAGAAUGUCUGUAGAACAUAUGACCCAUUAGACUGAAUUAGAAGUUUAGGAUGCCGCUUUAGACAGAGUCAGGCCAUCCAGCUCAGUACUGUGUACAACACUGACUGGCAGUAAUGGCUCUCCAGGAUUUCAAAUGGGGGGAUCUACCUGGGCGUUGAACCUGGGACCUUCUGCACACACUGAGCAGCUCAGGUGCUGAUAACACCAAGGUUGCAGGUUCGAUCCUUGCAUAUUCAUGCAUUGCAGGGGGUUGGACUAGAUGGUCCUAAGGGUCCCUUCAAGCUCUACAGUUCCAUGAUUCUAUAGCUGCCUGCUAUAUAUGCCGUGGCUUCUGUUUCACAGCCGCAGUGGAGCCACUUCCUAGUUGUGCAGGCCUCAGACAGGACAUCUGUCUCAAAUCCAUUUUUCCCCUCUAUCUCUCCUUGAAGAGUCGCGCGCUCAAUAUGCAGCAACAGAUGAUGCAACAGUCUUGUCAGCUGGAUCCAAACCUACUCAUGAAGCAGCAGCAGCAGCAGCAGCAGCAGCAGCAGCUGCUCCCAUCCCAACAGCAGCUCCAUCAUUCUGCCAUGAAGUCUUUCGUGGAGAACGUUGUGCCCCACGCCAACCCAGAGCUGCAGAAAGGGCCGUCACAAAUCAAUGCAUUCAGCAACUUUCCCAUAGGUGAGUGUCCUCUCCAACUCGUCUUAUGGCUAAUCUGCAUCAAGUGACCAAGGCUGUGAGCUGGGUCAGUGCUUGGUCUUAGCCUCUCUCAAAAGAGAGCCAAUGGCUGCCUGGCUAAGCCUCUUGUCUCUGAUUCUGCAGCCAGCAUUAACAAUCCUGCUAGUCGGUUACCUAGCUUUCUUUUGGUGCCUGACUUCACCAGAUUAAAGACAUAAUCCUCAAUGGAAAUCCUCAAUGGAGGUCCCCCUUUAGGCUCCUCAAAGGAAACAGGAUUCCCAUUUGCAAGUGAAUGUAUAAUUUAACAGGUUUUCUAUUCAAUUCCAUUCAAUCAGCUGCUUUGAUCGGCAGAAUUCAAUAUUUUAGUGUGGCAGCACCUACACUGUGGAACUCCCUGCCUCUUGACGUCAGGCCAGCGCCUGCUAGAAACAUUUUUAUUUAGACAAGCCUACCCCAAGGUUUAGAAGGUUGAUGUGAGCUUUAAUCCGUAUUUAGCCUAUGGUUAUUUUAACUUGUUUGAAAGUCUAAAAUUUAUUAAUUCCUUCUUAUUGAUAAAUGUUAUGAAUUGAAUAAAUAAAAUUGUUUUCUCCCAAGAUUCAGUUUGAAUUCCACUCUUCAGUUUGAGGCUUAAUUACUAGAGCCUUCUGAAAAGUGUCCCGUCUUGCUGUUUAAGAGCUGCUGCUUCUGUUUUGUUGAGGGACAGUCUCCCAGCUCAAAAAAUCACAAUGCCUCUUUUGGGACCUGAGUACAGCAGCAGACCUCUCCUUGCUUGUAGUUCUGAGCAGCUGGUUUUCAUAGUGAAUCCUGCCUCUUGACGCUGCUAUAAAACUUAGGGAACAAGCUGUACUACCAAAAUGAUUAAGGUUUUAAAUGAUAAUUUUAGGUUAUAUUUUAGUGAUCAAGAUUUAAUAUAUUUUUUUAACUGCCGCUAUAUCUGAAUUGUCUCUGUCAUACCCAAUUGCAAUUCAAUGUAUUACUGUUGUGUUUUAUGAUUUUCCUGAUAUUGUAAGUGACCCGGAACUGGUCUGUGAUGAUAAUAAAUUCUGCCUCUUGACAGUGAAGGUAGCAGAGGCCUGUUUUAUUCAGACUGCUAUGCUUAGCUGAACUGGAGUCCAGGGAGUGUAACCCAAUUUCUUCGAUGCAGGAUUGAACUCAAACUUGAAUGUAAAUAUGGACUUGGGCAGUAUUAAGGAGCCACAGUCCCGGCUGAGAAAAUGGAUGACUGUGGACAGUAUUUCUGCUAACACAUCGUUGGAUCAAAAUGCCAGCAAAAACGGUGAGUGGAAUGAGAGGAGGGGGAGCAAAGAGGCCCCAAACACUGUCUUCCAGGUGCAAAGAGGACCUCCUGAAGAUGAGUGCUGCAGAGAGAAGGGGUGUAAUUUGUGGAUGUUCAUUGUGAAAGGUGGCAAUAAAGCUUUCGUACCGUACACCUUUUAUUCUGACUGAAGCAGGCUUCCUCAACCUCGGCCCUCCAGAUGUUUUUGGCCUACAACUCCCAUGAUCCCUAGCUAGCAGGACCAGUGGUCAGGGAUGAUGGGAAUUGUAGUCUCAAAACAUCUGGAGGGCCAAGUUUAAGGAAGCCUGGACUAAAGGAUGCAAAUCGGUACAAUACCUGAAAGGUUGCAUAUUUUGGGUGCUUCUUUUUCUGAAAUUAAGAGUUGAUGUAGCGCUCAAAAAAAUUUUUUUCAAAAAUCCUUCGAGGUUUAUGCAAAAUGUGACAAGAGUGGCAAGAGGAGAGAGGAGUGGGCUGCGAGUAGGCAGGGGAAAUGGACUUGGGGCCACAUGGGGGCAAAAUGUCAUGUAGGAUGUCAAAGCUGCCUCCCUAGAAUCUCUGCCUCCCGAGGGCCUUCUGAUGGUUCCCUCACGGCAAGAAGUGAGGUUACAACGAACCAGGCAGAGGGCCUUCUCAGUAGUGGCACCUGCCCUGUGGAAUGUCCUCCCAUCAGAUGUCAAGGAAAUAAACAACUAUCUGACUUUUAGAAGACAUCUGAAGGCAGUCCUGUUUAGGGAAGUUUUUAAUAUUUGAUCUUUUCUGUUUUUUUAAUAUCCUGUUGGAAGCCACCCCCCGAGUGGCUGGGGUAUUUUUUUUUUUUUUUUAAUUAUUAUUAUUAUUAUUAGGGUUUCCCCAGCCACCCUGGGCGGCUCCUUGCAUGGUUAUUUUCUCAGAAAGGCCCUUGCAUGGUUUGAAGCAUAAUCCCACAGUCACACUGGGGUGUAUUUUUUUGGUUGCCAAAUAAAGUCGAUGGUCUUGGGAAUUUGCAGCAGUGGCCUGCCAGAUUCUGCCCAUGCAGGCACAUCUCAUUUGCCUUGGCUGCCAGCCAUAGCUAAUUUAGAGGAGAAUGAAGACCUUACCCUGGACCAGGAUGACACCAGGGUUCAAGUGGGGAUGUGACCUGCUACACCUUGGCAGGGACUGGAGGACUACUUCUGACUUAACUCAGAAUGAUGUUCUGAUCUGUGGGUGUAAAGGAAGGAGUUAAUCUUGUGGUUGCUGUUGGCAGCUCAGUGGCCAAACUGAUCAGCAGUCUCCUCUCUUCCAGGUGCUAUUUCAAGUGGCUUUAGGUUGGAGGAAACUCCCUUUGUUCCCUACGACUUCAUGAACAGCAGUAACUCACCAGCCAGCCCUCCUGGAUCGAUUGGGGACGGCUGGCCACGUGCCAAAUCGCCUAACGGUUCUAGCAGUGUCAAUUGGCCACCAGGUGGGUGACUUGCACCAGUCUGUUCCCCCAAGAUUUGGGGCCUGGGGCACAGGAAACCAAGUUCUUCCCUUCUUGGGCGGGGGAAGGUGGUGGAAGCAACUGGUUGAAGGGGGACUUGAGAAGUCUUUAGGGAAGGGUAGAGGAGUUCACCUACGUGCCUUCUCUGGCCAUGACAAUAAAUUGUGGACCUGAGAGGCAGCUGGAAAUAAGAGUUGUGUGCUAGGAAGUUCCACAAGUUAAGUCUAUGAUGGGGAGGAGGAGGACAUGCAUAUGAUCUUGCAGCUGUGAAGGGGACUACAAAGGUGCUCCUAAGAGGACACAUUUCUCUCCAAACUUUGAAAGAACUCUGGGGAAAGCCCAAAUCUUUUUCUGAGAAUUAUUGGAGAAGGAUCAGUCCUGUUGUGAGUUGAAGUGGGUCCCCCAUCCCUGCCCUUCCCCUGCAGUCUGAAAUAACAGCCUCGGCCCCACCGGCACCAUGUACGGUGAUCAUCUGCUCAGCAUUCACUUGGAGGCUGAAUUGGGCCCAAUAGUUCUUCCAUGGAAUAAGCUCAGCCUCCUGAUACUUUUUUCAAAAUGCUAGAAUUUCGUCCUGGUGAGCCGUGGAAAGGUUAUCCAAACAUCGACCCUGAAACUGACCCGUACAUCACUCCCGGCAGCGUCACAAACAAUCUGUCGAUUAACACUGUGCGGGAGGCCGACCACCUCAGGGACAGGAACAGCGGUAUGUAUCUGGGAGCAGAGGCUGGUCACUUGAGAAUUCUGCACAAAAAGAGCCCCUUCAGUGGUCCAAAGGUUGUGCCAGUUUGUAUUUUUCUGAGCUUUUUGUUGUUAUGCCUGAUUUAAGUGGCUUGGUCUUUGGCAAGUCUCUAGAGGAAGGAAAUACUGCAGAUCUUGAGACUCUUGCUGAGUCCUUCUCCAUACCCAGCACAAGGAGCUGGCCAGGUCUUGCCUGACCUGACCUGAGCAAGAAGGGUCCCCCCAGCCCAUCUCAAAGAUUCUUGAUGCUCUCCACCUAGGAGACAUUCUGGAAAGCCCAGGUGUGAGGCAAUCGGGUCCACUUGGAUUUUGCACGUCCUCCAUUCUGCUGCAGUUGGGCGAAGCAAACCUUGCAUGCUGCUUCUGCAGAACUGCAGCCAUGGUGGAACUCACUGUCCAGUGUGCAUCUUGGCAAGAGUGGGAGAAGAGGGCCGGAACACCAUCGCCUUAGGGUUCUUCCUCCCCCCUGCCUUGAGUAACUUGCAGCCAGCCAUGGCUUGAUCCCUGAGUUGAGGUCUGUUGGUCUGAGCAGUGCUGGGGGAAGAAAGGGUUCUUGUGGGCAGGAGAGAACUGAGCUGUGCCUGGGUGACCAGAGCUGCACCCACCUCACUGGGCUCUGCAUUCCAGUUUGCAGCAGGGUUCAGCCUUGGAACCUGCAUUUCAGUGCUGCGGCGCAUAUGAAGAAACAAAGGUGCCUGUCUCUCCCUUGCUGCUGGUGUCCUCCAGGGGAGUGAUGAGCUGUUGACUUUUUCCUGUUAGGGUCAUCCUCAUCUCUGAACACCACGCUGCCUUCAACUAGUGCCUGGUCAUCCAUUCGUGCCUCCAACUACAAUGUUUCCCUCAGCAGUACAGCACAAAGCACUUCUUCUUCAGGUGAGGUCGGGUGCGUCACACACAGGCCAUGUCUGCCUCCUCUUGGAUGCCGCCAUGAACUCAUGCUUCUCCACCAAGCCCUUAUCUGCCCAGAGUCCUGUGCUGCCCAGAUCAACCCACGGGGAAGAUUGGGGAGGGGCACCAGGAACAGCUCUCCUUUUCCAUUCUUAUUUUUUUUCACAUGCCUCUGGUUUCCUUUCCUCCCAGCCAGAAACAGUGACUCCAAAUCGACGUGGUCUCCUGCUUCCAUUAACAACACCUCUCUGGCUCACGAGCUGUGGAAGGUUCCUUUGCCACCCAAGAGCAUCACCGCUCCCUCGCGCCCACCGCCAGGACUGACCGGGCAGAAGCUGCCUCUGUCCUCGUGGGAGAACUCUGCGCGACUCGGGGGCAGCUGGAGCAAUUCUGAUGCCAGAUAUACCCCUGGUGAGGGUCUGGGUUGCCUUUGGCCAGGCUGGCUUUUUGCCUGAAGGAGUGAGAAAGAGAGGGUGGGGUCUGCAGAAGGAGAAAGAACACCUUUCCUUGCUUUUGGUUCUUGAGGCUAUGGGAGAGCUGCCUUGCCUCAGCUGGUAGCAUUGCCUGCCAGAAGGGCAACCCAAGGUGGUGGCGAGGGGGGGCCUGGAAAUUAGGACCAUGGGCCAUCAAUCAGGAGCUGAAACAGGGCCUGAAGUUCAGACCCUCCCCGCACUCCGUCCUCUCUCAAAUCUCCCUGCUUCUUGCAGCAUCUCCAGCGCCAGCCUUUUGAACUGACUGGUGGCUGGGAACAUGGCAGCCUGAGGGCAUGACCAACAAGCCCUGUACCACAGUUAUCCUUCUGUUGCAAAGUCACUGUUGCUUUAGAGUGGCUGGUUUGAUUCCCACGCACGCCUCAUUCGCUAUGGGGUCAAAUCUGGCCCUUUUGUGGGUGGGGCAGAGGACCUUAAAAAGAACCCUGGCUUUCCCAUGUGGGGCCUGCAGGCACCUUUUUCCACGACGGCAGUGCCAUUUUUCUCUUGCUUCCGGCAGGUUCAAGCUGGGGUGAGAGCAGCUCAGGGAGAAUAACCAACUGUCUUGUCCUGAAGAACCUCACACCUCAGGUGAGUGAGGGCACAGCUUGGCCAGGAGCCUGCAGGGAGGUUUGGAUCCUGUUCCCCUUGCCCUGAGGGCUCAGGCAGGUAGAGACAGUGAGUGAUUGUGUGUGCCUCUCUUCCCCCCCCCCCCAUGCCCUAUCCAGAUUGAUGGCUCCACCCUGCGGACACUGUGCAUGCAGCACGGGCCGCUGAUCACAUUCCACCUGAACCUGCCCCACGGCAAUGCAUUGGUCCGCUACAGUUCAAAAGAAGAGGUGGUGAAGGCACAAAAAUCUCUCCACAUGUAAGUACACCUGGGAGGAAGAGGGGAGGUGCUUUUCUGUCCUGCUGCAUUGGGGGGGGCGCGGUGUGUAGAAGGCAAGGAUUGGGGCCUCAAGGGAAGCCAAGAGCAGCAGCGUCUAGCUGGCACACUUCCGUGUAAGCGGGUGGUCCCUUCUGAUGCCCCUCACUGGGCAGGGCGCAGACGUUUCCCAUAAGAAAUGUUGGUCCUUAAGAUCGACUCUGUUUCAGAUACACUGCUGCAGGUGCAUUUGCUAUGAGAGAUGGAGGGCAGGGUAGGAUUUAAAAGCACAAAACUCUUAAAAUUGCUUUGAGCACAGGGUAGUCUGAGGGCUGCAGAUAGAACUGAUCUCCUAGAAACACCAGAAGCUGCUUUGGGCUAUGUGACACCACUGGUCCAUCAAACUCUGCAUUGUCCCCACACUGACUGGCAGCAGUGGCUCUCUUUUCAGGCAAGGGAGUCUUCCCCCCCCCCCCAGCUUGCCCUAGAAAUGACCUGGGGGGAUGAACCUGGGACCUUCUGCCCUGCCCCUGAGCUACGCUGCUUCCCCUGAAAAAUAAGAUGCUAGUCCUCAUGUUUCUGAAUGAAGGGCUGGUCUUAACUGGAAGCUGCCUUAUACUGAGUCAGACCCUUGGUUCCAUCUAGCUCUGUACGGUCUACUCUGACUAGCAGGGGUUCUCUGGGGUUUCAGGCAAGGGGGUCUUUCCCCAGCCCUACCUGCAGAUGACAUGGGGGGGGCAGUGUUUGAACCAGGGGCCUUCUGCAUGCAGAGCAGGUAUUCUGCCACUCUCCUGCCUCAGAAGGGCCUAACUGGCGCAGGCCAGAGCCUGAAUAGUGGGGACAGGGAUGCAUGCUGCAAUCUCUGUGUGCGAGGAAGGCAGGUGGGCUGGAGUAGCGGAGGAUGGGUCGGGGAAGAGAAGAUGCUGCCUGCUUUCGAGGGCUUGUGCCCGCCUCAACCCAUUUCUGGGCCUCUUUCCGGACAGGUGUGUCCUCGGGAACACUACGAUCCUUGCUGAUUUUGCCAGUGAAGAGGAGAUCAGCCGCUUCUUUGCACAAGGCCAGUCUCUCUCCCCCUCCCCUGCCUGGCAGUCUCUGGGCACAAGUCAGACCCGCCUGGGGCGCCUCGAUGGCUCCCACGCAUUUUCCAACCGCAACGACCUAAACAGCCACUGGAAUGGUGCUGGGCUUUCAGGAACGGGCAGCGGAGACCUCCACGGCACAUCCCUCUGGGGGAGCCCUAACUAUUCCACAAGCCUCUGGGGUUCCCUGGGCAGCAACGACACCAGGGGAGGGCUGAGCAGCCCGUCCCCCCUCAAUGCUUUCCUCUCCGUUGACCACCUGGGGGCCGGAGGGGAGUCCAUGUAGCCACCUCUUCUUCUUUCAGUGAACAAAACUGUGACCUCAAAGCAGCACUAAAUUUGGACUCCCUCCCCGCCCAUCCCUCCCCGCCAACCCGCCCUCCCCACUUGCAGCCUCCAGGGGUCACCUGUGGAAACGGUUACUUCGUGCGCACAUUUCCUCCCCUCUUCCCCGCCCCCUUUGUUUUAGCCCAAAACAUCCCAGUUUGAAUACUUGAAUCGUGCAGGCCAAUAAUUAUAAUGUGAAAAAAGUUAUAGAUUUUACACUUCCAGGAUAUAGUGCUAUACAUAGUUUAAAGAAAAAACAAAACUACGUAGAAUCAGCUUGCUUUUCAUGUGUUCCAUCGCUUUUUUAUUUUUAUUUUUAUUUUUAUUUUUUGCUUUGUGGAUUCAUCAUCAUUGUCAUCAUCAUUCUUACUAUUUUUGCAACUUGCUGAUGAUGGAGUUUGAGCUUUCUUAGGCUUUGCACAGACUCUGUCCUUCUCCCUGCCCCACAAUCGUCAAGGUGAGGGCAGCAGCAGCAGCAGCUCACGGGUGGCGCUUCCUGGAGGACAGACAGAAGGAUGCUCCUUGCUUUGGACCAGGCUGUGCCCCACUAUGCCUUGACGCCUGCCUGCCCACCUAGCCGCCACGUGGCGGCCCUCCAGCGCCCAACAAUCGAAUGAUGAGACUGGUACCUAGGAUGCCGAGCGGAAAAGCCUUGCACCUGUUUGUUCAUGUGGAAUUAAACUAAAGAAUGGAGCUCUGCAGUUUCUGAAACUGCACGCACAGCUAUGACUGGCAACCCGGCCUGCUUGUCUGGGCAGGGGGUCCUGCACUUUCAAUAGGCGUUUGGUAUUUUUGUUUUUGUUUUAUUUUGGGGGGGCUCCUGUGUUGGGGUGCUGCCUUGUUUACAGAAAUCUUUUAUUUUCCUUUUUUUUCUUUUUCUUUUGAGAAACAAUGUUUACUCGACCAUCACUUAAAUAUUUUUUAAAAACAAAAAAAAAUUGUGGAUGUUAAAAGAUGCUUUCUAUCUCUGGGAAUAACGAGCAGUGUUUGGCCAUGUUCCAUUUGUGUUUUUUCUAUUCCCACCUCCUAAAUCUAAGAGCAUGGCUCUCAGGAAAAACCAAGGUCCCUACGUAAAACUCCUUGUAGUUUCUUAUAGGAAAAUAACUUUUAGCACUGAUUACCACUUGCUCUGUAAACCUUCUUCUGCCAAAAAUUGCUUCAAAUCGCUGGAGUUCGACAUUCUGUGCUUUCCAAUGCUGUCUUUUUAAUAGUGUGGGGUGGGAGAGGGGUGCUUGGCUCUUAAUCUCUAGUUUCCCCCCAAUUUUUGUAAAGCCGGCCCCCUUGUUCCUUUCCUCCUCCCCUCCCCCCCUUUGGUGUGGCCCUUCUUCCUGCUCUCGUGACUGUGUUCAGUGUUUAACCUUAAAGCUGAAGUAACUAUGCAGACUGUAACCAAGAACUUGGGCUUACAGAAUUUUGUUGUAUAAAUUUUAAAUGUUUUAAAAGUUCCUGCAAAUACUUUUCUUGUGAAAGUGUUAAAAUCAUCUUCUCUUUUGCCACAAAUGGUGUUAUUACCUGAAGCUUGUUUAGUUGGAGGAUGAAAGACUAAACAAGGAUAAAAAAAAGAAAAGAAACCAAUUUUUUUAACUGUGCUGAAAGACGCUCUCAUUUCAUUGCCUUGAUUCUAACUGUUGUGUCUGAAGAUGCAAAAGUCGCCAGUGGCUUUUUAACUGUUUACAAAUAGAGUGUGAUUGUAAAAUGUACAGUUUGGGUUGUGUUCUAAUUAUGAAGUUUCUCCAGAUAUUAAUAAAUCAUGACAUUUUUUGGCUGCUUACCAUGGAA